AUGGUGGGAAGAAUACAUGGAUUUUUAGGAGGUGUUUUAUUGACAUCAACAGUUGUGUAUUAUACUGGCCAAAUGUUUGAAAAGAACUCAAAAUUUAUAUCACAACAUUUAAAACAAUCAAAUAAUAUUAUACAAAACAAGAUAUUGACAGAUUCAUUCUAUAAGAAUCAAGAAAUACCCAAUAAUCAAAUAACAACAUUGGAGAGACCUAAUUUUAAAGAAACAUGUAAAGAUAUUUGGAAUGACGAAAUUAUAAAAAUGGUUAAUUGGGUAUAUUCGAUAAAUUGGUAUAAAUUAGGUUUAAAAAUUGAUGAUGAAGCUAAUAAAUUAACUGAUGUUAUAGCUGAACAAUUCAUAAAUAAGAAAUAA